CUUUGACCAAGCGGACUAAGCUUUCCUUUCGUUUCCCCUCUUCUUCAUCGGAGUUCGGAAUGAUACCCAGAAUCAUUUCUUCUCUCCGCUUCUAGAUACCCUACGGUUCAUGAUCGAGCGGACGAAGCUUACCUUUCCCUUCUUCUUCUUCUCCUUCUCCUUCUUCUUCUUCUGAGCUUCUCAUCCGCCGAAAAUCACUCACCGUCAUAAUCUUCAUGGAGAUUGAGCAACUGAACGCUGUUUCCAACCUCCCCACCCAAGAACAGGUUUGUGAUGAUGGGAAGGGGAUAGAGUGUGAAAUGUCGAGCUUGAACUUGACGGUGUUCGGCAAUCAUGGUGUUUGCGCGAUCUGCUUGGAGAAGAUAGAGCUUCAGGAGACUGCUCUUGUAAAAGGUUGCGAACAUGCUUACUGUGUGACGUGCAUCCUUAGGUGGGCGACAUACAAUCAGAAUCCUUUAUGCCCUCAAUGCAAGUGUCCGUUUGAGUUUCUCAAUGUUCACCGUUCUCUUGAUGGCAGAAUCCAUGACUAUAUGUUUGAGGAGAGCGUUUGCCUUCUUCUUCGAGCAACCUGGUUCAUGCCAUUGAAGGUAGAGGUUCAAGAAGAGGUGUAUGAUGAAUUGGAACAUAUUUAUCAAUAUGAAGAGGAUGAGGAUGAAGAUUUAGAAGAAGUUUAUUAUACCAGUUCGAAUCUUCGUAUUGGUAACCGUAGGUGGGGAGACAAUGGCUUUGUUAGGGGAGGGAGGAGAGAAGCAAGGCCUGUCCAUCGAGAAUUCCAGGACCAUGAUGCUGGUCCAUCACGUGGUCCGAAGAAUAAAGAGGUAGCAAAGGAUUCAACUGGGCGACGGGCAAAGAGGGCAUUGAAGCGCGAAGCUGCAGAUAAAGCAGCUGCAGCAAAACAUCAACAGCACUUAAUGAGGUUGGGACGCAAGUGAUGCAAGCAACCUUGUUAUAAACCAUAACUUCUUGUACAGGAUUUUCCCUUCGAUUAGCUUUGUGAAAUAAUGACCUUGAUUCAAGUAGGAUCCAUUUUUUUAAACUUUGAAGGAUCGUUGAAAUUUUCUGUAGCUACUCUUGGCUCUGUGAACCUUUCCUUUGAUGCAAACAUUUUAUGAUUUGUACAAAUCUAUAUUCAACUUGGCCUUUGUCA